GUCGUUGAAAAACAUUUGCAACUGACAACUGCAUGGUUGGUCUUUCCUUUGCAGAGAUAAUGUCUUCUGGUGACAGGAAGAAACAAAGCACCAUGUCUUUUCUGGUUGGAGCGGUCGGUAGAGCUGUAAUCAGCGGACUGGCUUUUUAUGGAGCAAAGAAACUAUAUGAAGACUAUUGGAAGGGAGGAGCUGUAAGUGGACAAGCUGUCGAAGAUAAACCUACUAAAGGACCAGGUGAUUCUGAGUCAGAAACUGAAGAAGACACAGACAUAGAUAUAAGACCAGACAGCCACCGCCAGGCGCAGCCUGUGAAUCUAUUGAAAAGCCUGGAAGACUACUUUGAAUCUUAUGUGAAGCCAAGCAUGAGCGAGGUAGAAACAGCUAGGAAAGUUGUGGCAGAGUUAGAAGAGUAUGUCCUUGAAAUGCUAGAUCAAUCCUGUCCCGAGCUUCCCAUUGGAAAACUGAUACACACUGGAAGUGCUUACGAAGACCUCCAAGUGAUCACACCUGACGAUUUUGAUACCUUCCUGCAGCUCAGAUUAGAUUCAUCACAAUGGGAGUUAAUUGAUGGUAAAGACACACUCCUAGAUUCUCCAGGAUAUGCAUUGGUCAAGCGUAGCAAUCAGGAGUUCUUUAAAGUAGGCUCAGUUCCAUGGGACAGGUUUCUUGUUGGAUAUUACUUGUCCCCUCAGAAGAUCUUGCAGUAUUUUCAAGCCCUGCUCCAACGUUCUGUAGGACCAGGGAAAAAGCGAUUCACAAUUGAACCAUCUGUGAAGGAAAAUUCGUUGAGUGUGACAGUGAUCUAUGGAAGUGAUCAGAAACUGAGACUAAAUAUCAUCCCAAUGGUGAAGAUUGGUGAUGUCACAAUGGCAGGAAGGCUGCAUCCAAAGUUUGCUUUAUUCGGGAUGGAUGGAUACAAAAAUUUGUGGAGGCGAAGCUAUGUUGAGGAAGAGGAAGCAAUGAUGAAAUCCUUGACCUCACAAAAUGGUUGUCAAAAAGACUGCUUGAGAAUUCUGAAGGCAAUUAGCAUGAAUGACUAUGGUUCUCCUUUGCAUUUAGUUGAACCCUAUGUCUUCAAGACCAUCCUCUUUCACCUGAGUCAGAUUGAGGAAAACUGGGACAAACAAGUUUUAGCCGAGAGAGUGAUUGAUAUGUUCAUGGUAUUGGACAGGUUCCUUGACCAGAGGAAAUUGCCAAAUUAUUUCAACGCAGAUGUGAACUUGUUUGAGAGUUACACUGAUAUUUAUCUGCGUGAGCUCAAGCAUUAUGUCAACCAUGUGAUUACAAGGAACAAGUUCAGUACUCUACUCCGCCAGAAAAGUCCAGGGAAAGAUUUCUGAAUCUCUGUUUGUAGUAAUGCGAUAUCAAGUUACAAAAUUGAUUCAGAGUUCCAGGGUGAUUCUUGUGCCUGAUGUUGUUGAAGUUGUGAUGGAACCCUAAAAUUCACUUAGACUUGAGACCAGCCGGAUCAGAAAUCUAAUCAAAAUUUAUUGUACCACCAAUGCAUAGAGGCAUCAGUUUGACAAAUACACAUACAUGUAAGGAUGUUUUGCUGCGGAAAUCUCAGUUCGAUCAGGACACAGCUCAGUAUACUAUGAAUGGAGGGUACUAAUUUUUGACUCUGACUCUGAUCUGUUGAUGUGAACUUUAUCUGAUUUUAAGUUGUUGAAUUGGCCGAUUCAGGUUGUCCUUUAAAUAGCAGAUCUGGGUUUUUGUGGAUUGUUGAGAGCUACCUUUAGUAUGCAUGUGAUUUUUAAAACCCACCUACUUAGCCUCUCUGUCUAAAGCCAACUUAGACAAAACGAGAAUGUUGUUCUUUUUUUUUUUUUUUGAAUUGCGCAAGCUUAUUACAUGUUGAUGUGGCCAUUUGGUGUUCAGCAUUGCCAUUGCCUUGCUCUUUUUUGUGUAAAUACAUUUAGCUACCCCGGUACAUGUUUUCUGUAAUAUUUAUUG